AUGGUGGAUUACUAUGAAGUUCUAGGAGUGCAAAGAUAUGCUUCACCUGAGGACAUUAAAAAAGCUUAUCAUAAAGUGGCACUUAAAUGGCACCCUGAUAAAAAUCCAGAAAAUAAAGAAGCAGCAGAGAGAAAAUUCAAAGAAGUAGCUGAGGCAUACGAGGUAUUAUCAAAUGAUGAAAAACGGGACAUUUAUGAUAAAUAUGGCAAAGAAGGAUUAAAUGGAGGUGGAAGUCAUUUUGACGAUGAAUGUCAGUAUGGCUUCACAUUCCAUAAGCCAGAUGAUGUUUUUAAAGAAAUUUUUCAUGAAAGGGAUCCAUUUUCUUUUCACUUCUUUGAAGACUCGCUUGAGGACCUGUUAAAUCGUCCAAAAAGCUCCUAUGGAAACGGAAACAGAGACGCAGGAUCCUUCUUCUCUACCUCCAGUGAAUAUCCAAUUUUUGAGAAAUUUUCUUCAUAUGAUACAGGAUAUACAUCACAGGGUUCAUGGGGGCAUGAAGGCCUUACUUCUUUCUCUUCCCUGGCUUUUGAUGAUAGUGGAAUGGACAACUACAUAUCUAUCACAACUUCAGACAAAAUUGUUAAUGGCAGAAAUAUUAAUACAAAGAAAAUUACUGAAAGUGAUCAAGAAAGAGAAGCUGAAGAUAAUGGAGAGUUGACCUUGUUUCUUGUAAAUAGUGUGGCCGAUGAAGAGGGCUUUGCAGAAGGAUGCAGCUGGAGAAGACAGUCAUUGAACAACAACUAUUCACCAAAGUCUCACAGCUCCAAACAUGUAUCUCAACUGACUUUUGUGGACAAUGAUGAGGGAGGUAUAUCUUGGGUUACCAGCAACCGGGAUCCCCCUACUUUCUCAGCAGGAGUCAAAGAGGGUGGUAAGAAGAAAAAAAAGAAGCGUAAAGAGGUGCGAAAGAAGUCUACCAAAAGGAAUUGUUAA